AUGAUCAAACAGCCCGCUAAUGUUUCCAUUCUGGACCCCCGCUAUGGAGGCGAGAUCUUUCUCAACCCAGGCGGCCCUGGAGUGCAGGGCGUGACCACGUUGACGGGCAGGCUCAACGAUCACCUAGUCAAUGCCAUCAAUAGCGAGGAUCCAGAUGGCAAGGUCUUUGACCUUGUUUCCUUCGAUCCCCGAGGUGUCGGCUUUUCAACUCCACGCAUCUCGUGCUUCGACGAUCUUAUAGCUCGCCAGCUCUGGCAUCAACUCGGAACGGCGUAUGGGGAUGUAUCGGUCCAGUCAUUUGAUCUUUUGUGGGCGCGAGCGCGAUCCCUGGAGAAGCUCUGCAAUGCGGGGAAUGCCAGCUCAGAAAAGGCUCUUUUCAUGAGCACCGUCAGCACAGCCUUUGUGGCGCGUGACCUACUGGCGAUGGUGGAAAAGAGUGGUGAAGCAAGAGAACAGAGGGCCCAAGAAGCGCUGAUGACGCUUCACGGUGGAGGCAAAGAUUUCAUGGUGCCAGAGUCUCUUCAAUACCAACCAGGCGAGGAGCUUUUGCAAUAUUGGGGCUUUAGUUAUGGAACUUUCCUAGGCGGAACCUUCGCCAGCCUGUAUCCAUCACGAGUUGGGAGGAUGAUAGUAGACGGUUGUGGCGAAUGGGAAGAUGAGGCUUCCGGAGAGUUCCUAGGCUUCCUGCUUGACACGGACAACGAAUGGUCUGAGUUCUUCAGACUUUGCUAUGCAGUAGGGCCUGAUAAAUGCGCGAUAUACAAUGAAGAUGGCCCCAAGGCCAUGCAGAAGUCUGUCGCCGACCUGUUGGAGACCCUGCAGACCAAUCCAAUAUCUGUCUACGAGGACGGUAUGCCUUUUCCGGAUAUCUUUACCAGGGAUAUUCUGGUUCAAGGCAUAUUUGGGGCACUUUACCGACCGUAUAGAGAUAGCACAUGGGUCAAGCUGGCGGAGACACUCUCGGCUCUCUUGAAUGGUACUGUCCCCUCCGGAGCGGUCGAUAUGCUGCCGUCCCGCAAAUUUCAUAUUCCAGUGGAUGGGUGCAAGACCUCGGAUUGUGUCACUGAAGGGAUGAGCGAAGGCUUCUGGAGCGAAAUCACUUACGGCAUUUAUUGCACCGACGGGCUCGACUUCCGCAACAUCUCCAAGUCGGAGAUGGCUGCUUGGGUUAGCAUCCUCCAGCAACAAAGUCCGUUAUUCGGCAACAUGUUCGCCACUACUUCGAAGCUGCCUUGUGUUGGGUAUCCGGCCCGACCGAAGUGGCGCUUUGGGGGCCCCUUCGGCGGCAAAACCAAAACCCCAAUGCUAUUUAUCGGCAACACCUUUGAUCCCGUGGCACCGCUUGAGGGCACCCGCAAGAACGUCAAAAGUUUCGAAGGCGCAAGAUUGUUGCAGCAAGAUUCUGUGGGACAUUGCUCCAUCAACGCUCCAAGCAAAUGCACCGUGUCUUACGUUCGGAAGUAUCUCGUUUCUGGCGAGUUACCCGAGGAAGGUACUAUCUGUUCUGUGGACGGUUCUCCAUUCGACGAGAACAUGUAG